AUGGUCGCGAAAGCGGGCUCAUCCUUGGGGUAUGUGGUUUACCGCCUGGGUUUUGCGCUCAGGGAGACGGGCCAGGCGCUAGACAGGGUUGGCAGCAGGCUGCAGGGGAGCUACGCCUUCCGCGAAGAGCUCAACCGGGCGAGGCCCCUCCAGAACCUCUUCAACCUCAAACCCUCCCUGGGCACCGACGCCUUUGUCGCGCCCAAUGCCUCUGUCAUCGGCGACGUGACCCUGGGCCCCCGAUCCUCCGUCUUCUAUGGGUCGGUGCUGCGGGCAGACUCCGGCAGCAUCAAGGUGGGGGCAGGGACCAACAUCCAGGACGGCUCCCUCAUCCGCACCGCCCCCCAGUCCAUCGACGAGCACGCGGCGGACACGACCAUCGGCGCCAACGUGACCAUCGGGCACCAGGUGUCCAUGCAUGGCGUCACCCUGGAGGACGAGGUGCUGGUGGGGAUGGGGGCCGUCCUCUCACAUGGCACAGUGGUACGCAAGGGGGCCAUGGUGGCAGCUGGAGCGGUUGUGCCCCCGGGCACAGAGAUCCCUGCUGGUCAAAUUUGGGGAGGCAACCCCGCCCGCUUCUUGAGGGACCUCAAGGACAACGAGAGCUCAUUCCUGGCAGAAUCUGCGGAGCACUACGUGAACGUCGCCAAGAACCACAUCAAGGAGAACAGCGGCUCUCUUGAGAAUGUGGCACGAGCUCGUGGACUGGCCUGA